GAAGGGGGAGAGAGAAGUUGUAACACCUAUCCUCCCCAUUUCUCCGGCCACCAUCACCACCUCUGCCGCCGCCGCCCCACCACCACCACCCUGCCUUGAUAGUCUAACUCAUAAUACAUUUGAAUAUUUACAUACCAUGACAGACAUUUUCAUAAUAAUACCUUAAUUAUAAUAAAGACUCUGUUUUUUCUUCCCAUGCAUGCAUGUGUUAUUAUGAAGCAGAACACAAAGCCUCAUUUCUAUUGAGUUUUUGUGAUUGUUUUUGUUGUGUUUUUCUGCGGCUCUGCGCUGCUAGCUAGGUGAUGGCUGAGAUUGUGAAACAAAUAUUAGCCAAGCCUAUACAAUUGGCUGAUAAUGUUGUGAAAGCAGCAGAUGUGACCAACAAUUUUAAGCAAGAAUGUGCAGAAAUCAAGACCAAGACAGAGAAGCUUGCAGGCCUUUUACGACAAGCUGCUCGCGCAAGCAAUGACCUCUAUGAGCGUCCUACGCGAAGGAUUAUUGAUGAUACGGAGCAGGUUCUUGACAAAACUCUUGUGCUGGUGGACAAAUGUCGCGCCAGUGGGCUUAGAAGGAUUUUUACCAUCAUUCCUGCAGCUGCAUUUAGGAAAACCUCACAGCAACUUGAGAAUUCUAUUGGAGAUGUUUCGUGGCUUCUUCGUGUUUCUGCUCCUGCGGAUGACAGGGAUGAUGAGUAUCUUGGGCUGCCUCCCAUCGCGGCAAAUGAGCCUAUUUUGUGCCUGAUAUGGGAGCAAGUGGCCAUUUUGUGCUCUGGCUCCAUUGAGGACAGGGCUGAUGCUGCAGCCUCGCUUGUUUCGUUGGCUCGGGACAAUGAUAGAUAUGGAAAACUAAUUAUUGAGGAGGGUGGUGUUCCGCCUUUGUUGAAGUUGGUUAAAGAAGGGAAAAUGGAAGGCCAAGAGAAUGCUGCUAGGGCGAUAGGCUUGCUGGGGCGCGAUCCAGAGAGCGUUGAGCAGAUAGUGAAUUCAGGUGUCUGUUCAGUGUUUGGGAAAAUCCUUAAAGAAGGGCAUAUGAAGGUUCAGAUUGUGGUGGCUUGGGCUGUGUCUGAGUUAGCUGCUAAUCAUCCCAAAUGCCAAGACCAUUUUGCACAAAACAAUGCUAUUAGGCUGUUGGUGAGUCAUUUGGCCUUUGAGACGAUUCAAGAACAUAGUAAGUACGCGAUUGCUAGUAAGCACAACAUGUCGUCGCUCCAUACAGUUGUCAUGGCGAAGAAUGACAAUACUGGGAGCCAUGAAGCUGAAGAAGAUAUGUCUAGUAGAGUUUCUAGGCCAAGCGCGGUGACUAAUCCAAGCCAAAUGCACAAUGUGGUAACGAAUACAAUGGCGUUGAAGUCCACUUCACAAAAACACCCAAAUUUUCAAGCUAAUAGUAAUGAUGCUUGGCAAAACAAUCAGCAACAGCAGCAGCAGCAGCAGCACCACCACCCGAAUGUUGCACUAAACGGAACAAGCAUUAAGGGCAGAGAGUACGAGGAUCCAAUCACCAAGGCCGAAAUGAAGGCCAUGUCUGCUCGGGCACUCAGGCACCUCUGUGCAAAUAAUGUGGCGAUAUGCAAAAGCGUGACAGAAUCAAGAGCCCUUUUAUGUUUCGCGGUGCUGUUAGAAAAAGGACCUGACGAUGUCCAAUACAACUCAGCAUUAGCGCUGAUGGAAAUCACUGCAGUGGCUGAAGAAAGUUCAGAUUUAAGGAAAACAGCUUUUAAGCCAACUGCACCAGCUGCCAAAGCAGUUGUGGAUCAACUACUCAAAAUAAUCGAGAAAGCCGACUCCGACCUGUUGGGUCCAUGUAUCAAUGCUAUCGGGAACUUGGCAAGAACUUUCAGGGCUACUGAAACAAGGAUCGUACCCCCUUUGGUCAGACUUCUCGACGAAAGGGAGCCUGAGAUCACGAGAGAAGCUGCAUUUGCACUAAACAAGUUUGCAGGCACGGAUAAUUUCCUCCAUGUGAAUCACUCCAAGGCAAUCAUCGCUGCAGGAGGAGCUAAGCAUCUGAUUCAACACGUGUAUUUCGCGGAACAGAUGGUGCAGAUACCGUCACUGAUACUACUGUGCUACAUUGCACUACAUGUUCCUGAUAGUGAAGAGUUAGCCCAGGAAGAGGUGUUGAUAGUGCUGGAAUGGGGAUUAAAGCAAGGACAUUUGGUGCAAGAUCCUGACAUUGAAACACUGCUGUUGGAAUCAAAAAGUAGACUGGUACUUUACCAAUCUAGAGGUACGAGAGGAUUUCAUUAAGUCAUUAUUAUCGAUUAAUUUGUACAAUAUUAUCCAAGAGCUUUACGGAAGAUUUGGCUUCUUGAAUCACAAUUUUACGCUUAAUGUAGAUGCACAUAUCUUUUGUAAAAAUUACAGGAUUCAUGUGUGCUCCCACACUCAUUGUAUUGGUAUCAACUUUCUUUUGUCAUUUGUUGUAAUGUUCAACAAUUAGCAUUCUUAAUCUGUAGAGGGCCUUGCCGAUCUUUCUUUCCUACAAGUACAUUUGUUGAAUAAUAAUGCACUCUUUUU